AAUGUUUCUGUUUUUUUGUGCUUUUUGUUGGUGUUUGUUCUUGAAAUGGGAAAUAAUUAUUAACUAAACAUAAAAACAAUAAAUUUACAUGUUUUGCGAUUACCGAAUACUGUGAUGUUUUUUCAUUUUACUAUGAUAUAAAUUACAACAGGUGUAAGAUUCCAAAACCAGCAAAAUGAAGGAGGAAGAGCUAAAAUAUAAUCUCAGAUUGCUGGACGAGCUUACUGUCGAUAUUUUUAAGGAGAUCCUGCAAAUAUUCAAUGUGACACAGGAAUCAAAAGCAAUCAAUCCACUCUCUAGCCAGACAUUAGAGUUCUUUGCAAAAAAUUUAAAAAGUAAUCCAGUAACAACAUCAACUGUUCUAAAUUUUCUGCUCUCAUGUAUAACUGAUACAGAUGAGUUACAUAAAUUGCAACUGUUGUAUUUAGAUGUGUUGAAAACUGAAUUAGCCAACAACAAUCCAGAUAGAGUGAUAACUGUUUUGUCAUUGUUGAAAUGGGUUGAUAAGCUGCAGCCUGUGUUUAUAAAUGAAAUAUUUAAACAUUUCUCUGACGACAUAUUUAGGCAACAUAGAAAACAAAUUCUCAUAAGCUUAGUCACCCAUAGUAAACCUGAACUAAUAAACAUAGCAUCUGACAUGAUGCAUAAAAAUGAGUCACAAAAACAUUUCAAAUUAACAGCUGAGUAUAUGAUAGAGCUCUGCUAUCAAGACAAAACCCACUGGCUGUUGAAAGCAGCUCAAAUUUACAAACAACAAUUGCAAGAUAUGAAAAAUGUUACAUUCGAAAUAAACAACUUCACAAAGCAGAUACUUAUAAUGGUGCUAAUAGAUCUGACAAAUUCCCCUGAAACAUACGAUUUGCCUUCAUUAGUAAAUCAAUUAACAAACAUAUUCUCAAUUCUCGACACAUAUACAACAACUGAUCAUCAGCUGCAGUUUUACAUGACAGAAGUGAAACGAGAGUUAACAGUAAUAAAGUUUUGUUUGGAGAACAAUUGUAAAAUAAUGUCAACAUCUAUAUUUAGUCAAGUUUUAAGCCAAAGUGCAUUGACAGUCAUAUCACAGGUCUGCAGACUAUCCAAAGUAGAUCGAUACAAAGUUUCGAGGCUGUUGAAUACUAAUAACGACUUUAUAACAGAGUUGUUAGCAUUGAGCAAUAAAAGUGAGAAAAAUUCUGAUCAAAUCUGUACUAAUUGGGACAUUUCGACCUAUAAUGGUUACUGUGCAAUAACCAAAGUUAUAGAUACAAUAUUGAAUUCGUCCGACAGUAUGGAUAACACGCAAGAAAUGAGCACAUCAUUGGACGAUAUCAAACGUUUACUCUUAUCAAUUCAACCUUUGCAAUAUUGUAUUGAAGUUAUAGAAACUAUAUUCUCUUGUAUAUUUCUGAGGUAUGAAUACUUUUCCUGCCACGAACACAAUCAAGAAUUUCCAUGUGGAACUCACUCGGAAUGUUCGUAUUUUUAUUCGAAAAAGCAAAACAAAAAUACUUCUAACAUUAACAGUACCAGCACUGGAUUCAUGUGCAAUGCAAUAACAACACAGAUUAUUUUGAACACUUUGAAACUUUGUUUGGAAACCCUAAAAGAUGGGGAAGUUAAAAAUUUAGAAUACAAUGAUCCGAAUAUGUUUGCCCGUUUCAAAAGGCUAGUUAAUGUCGUAAACCAUUCAAUAUGGAAAAUGCAGUUAGUGUCAACUCUUUCUCCUGACACAAGUCCUCUGCAACUAAAGUUGUGUCUCGAUUAUGUUGAAGUCGACGAUAGUAGCGAAGAUGAAGAACGGGAGUUAGAAGCCAAAGCGUUUAGGAAGAAACCCAAGAUGAAACGACGUAACACUAAUCCUAAACCAGAAGUUGGACAUGUUAUGCUUGCUUCUACAGUUUCCGCUUCUAUAGAUGCAUAUUCAGUAAAGAAGAACACGAUAGAUUUCAUCUCGAUCAUGCUGGCUAAACCAAAUUGUCUUGUGGCACUUGCGCUCUACCAAAACGACUUCGCAAAAGCGAAUCAGAUUUUGGAGAUGUUCGAUUUAUCAGAUUCCGAAAUCGCUACAGAAGUAACAUUUACGGAGCAAUUGCGCCAUCUAGUAGCGAAAAUAAAAAAUAUAAUUUGCUACAGAGAUUGUUCCCGAUACCCAACUAAGGAGUUGUCAGCACUCUCUGUCGUGUCCACUGAAGUUAUGGGUCUCGUUGAGGGGUUCCUAGCCUCAAACAGACCACCAAAUUCCUUCGAUAUCAUUGAGCUAGGCCCCCGACAUCCGCAUUUGCAACUUUAUAAUCAUCAAAACGCACCAUUUAUAAACGCUGUCGACAUACUUCUGAGCAGCGGACUCAAUAGAGAAAUAACAUACGGGCUAAUAAAUGUAGUUGAACGCAAACUUGCAGAAGUAAGAUGUAGUACGGAUGUCACUGCUGUUAAAAAGACCAACUACAUCAGAUUUGUAGAAGAUAUAGCCAGUGUUACAUUCGAAAUUUUCGGAAACACCGAGAAAUCUUUUGAAUUCGUCGAUAAUGUUUGCGAAUUAAUAGCCGAUUGUCGCAUUCCAAUCAAGCAUAAAGAAUUCUGUAAACUAAACCAGCUAUCCAAGGAACUGAGACAAUGUUGCUUAGACUUAGCUGACAUCGUAAAUCCUACCGCAGAAUCUAAUGUGGAUGAAAAUUUAUUGCAAAAAUAUCAUCAAAUUUACAUGAAUGUUGUGGCUGCUUCUGAUAAAGAUAUAUGUAAUAUAGGAGAGGUGUCCAGACAUGGAACAAAGAAAGCUAGAGUGCAUUAUUUAAGAAAAUGUUACAUGUACUCGAAAUCAGUAUAUCAACUCGAACAAGAGGACCGCCAAAAUGAAUCUCCAACUGAAAAACCCUACUUUUCAGUUUUAGAGAGACAGUUGCACGAUAUAUUUGGAAAUAUGAUUAACAAUAAAGAAAUGCCCGUGAGCUAUCUGGAGCCGAUAUGUAAAAAAUUAAACGUCAAUUUGAUUCCAAAGUUGAUUCUGAAUUUCUGUCCAUCGAUAACCUUGGCGGGGUCGUUGAGAGAAGCCAGUGAAGAAAACUUCAACAACCUUCUUCAAGUCGUAUUUGAUUUCAAGAAUUUGGAAGAGAAAUUGUUUGUUGAACCUACUGCAGACUUUGCUCCACUCCCGAGAACUCCAGAUCCCCAAUGCUUGACGUACGUUGUCUUACACAACUGGGUGCUCGCUCAUAUAAUUCGAAAAAUUCAUUCGAGCUUGAGCGAAAGCACAAGUCAACACAGUAUGGACGCUCGAACAAAGUACCUCAACAAAUACAUGGACUUGGAAAGAUUUGAUAGUACCAAAGUUUUGUUUGGUAACAAUAAAUGUUUGGCUUCACUACACACGAUCAUUGAUUUAGACAAAUUAUUUAUUUAUCUGCCAAAAUUACUAGAGUCAGGUAAAAUAUUGCAAUGCCUGAAAAUUAUCGACGCACUAUCCGAACGGCAAUUAAUGUGCAGUGCGAAUUUAAUGAAUUUGCGGGAUUUAAUGUUGUUUAAAAUUGCGACGAAUCCAAAAGUUCCUAACUGUUGGAAAUAUUGUCAAUACUUGAAAUGUUCAGAACUGAAGUUUGAUUUGAUCUUGAACAAUCUAGCUUGCUGGCCCGCGGAAGGUGCUAUGGAAGCUAUCGAUUACCUUCGAUUUAUUUUGGAUGAAACUGCUGCGGAGGAAGGUUUAUAUGAAAAAUGUAAUGAAUGGAAAGUUAAAAUACCUAUUUAUGAACAGAUAUCGUCCAUAAUGGGCACGAACCACUGGUACACGAUAUACGAGAAAUCAAUAGAAAAUCCUGAAAAUAUUAUUGAAGUGCUUAUGGAUAGUCAACAAUUCAAAUUGUGUUUAGAAUGGGCAGACAGCCACGACGUGUCGGAGCAUAUGAAAAACUUGAUCGUUAUCAAUCUUUUACGCCAGUUCUUUGAGUAUACAAACCAAGCCACGCCAUCUUUAGUCCGAGAUCUGCUUACAAGAUUACCCAGCAGCCAAGCAGUGGACUUGGUCGCGGAUGAAAUAUCCAAAAUCAGAAACAUAGAAAUACUCCAAGUGUGUAUUGACUAUCUCGCAGCCAAUAGUACAACUUGGAGGUCGUUUGAGAAUAUCAAAACAGGAUUUCAAAUCAUGCUCGAAAUUGAGGCUAAUUCAAGACAUCUCUUUUGGGAUUUGAUUGAGAAACCCUUGCUAAUGAUCGAACAGCUUCUAAUGAAUGGAAAGUUGGAAAUGUUGGCACAUAUUAUUACCAAAAUAUCAUCGAAUUUGAAAAACGAUCCAAGCGGCGACAACCUCUACUACAAUAUAAAGACUAUCGAGACGUUGUUGAUAUCUCGGAAUGCUGUCGACAGUUUACUGAGAUAUUACGCGGAAAAAGCUUUGGACAUGAAGAAUCCUUGGCACAGCAAUCCCUCGCCGCUCAAACCUUGGGACGAUUCGCUCUUACAAUCCAUAGAUUCUAUAAACAUAGAAGCUGCGUCGAAACCCUUUGUGAUGCCGGAGCAUGUGCCUUCGAAGGAUAAUUGGGUCGAAGACUACACGGUGGACAGAUGCAUGAUGUGCAAAAUAUCUAUAUUCUCUAUGAUCAUACGAAGGCAUCACUGCAGGCGAUGUGGACGAUUGGUCUGCCACGCUUGUUCUAGGAGUCGAAUGCAGGUACCAUCAUACCCGAGCGGUGUCAAGUUCCGCGUGUGCGACGACUGUUACACCCAGACAAUGAACAGGAAGACCAACUCGGAGUACGACAACCUGAUGCUGAGCAGCAACUCUGACUCGGGCGGCAGCGGCACCACCUGCAUGGACUGGUGCCUCUCCACCAACGCCAAGAAGAACGAGGCAGUGAGAGCGGAGUUCAGUUAUGAAUUCACGCCCAACGUCACACUGUGCUUGUCUAUUAUGAAAAUGCACACAAUAAGCUUGGAUUAUCCCAGAUUUCUACUAGACCGCAGUGAUGAAGUAGCGCGGGAGUUGGCCAACGGAGGCGACUCGGGCUUGUUGGUGCGCGCUCGACGCUCCUUGCUGUUAGCUGCUGCUGAGCUAUAUUCAAGAGCUCCAAAUGAAAAAUCCGGAGGCAUGCGCGUGGCGGAGACGGGCGCGGCGCACGCCACGCGCUGCCUGGCGCACGCGGACGCGAUGGCGACGCUUGUCAAACAUCAGGCGCACCACUUGGUGCCGCACCAGGGCGCGCAUCCCAGUCAAAUAGUCCGUUCUCUUCUGGAAGCGGAAAAAUGGGAGUUGGCAUUGGAGAUAGCAACAAAAUCGGGACUUCCCCGAAACAGCGUCCUCGCUGCGUGGGGUAAAGCGUGUCUCAAAGCCGGUUGCUUCAAAGAGGCCCGACGAAAGUUCGCAUUGUGUUUCAAAAACACUCCCGUUUGUGUAGACGUCGAUGAACUUGAGUACGGAAAAGAAGCUUCCGAGUUCAACUUCGUUAAUAGAAGGUUGAAUCAUAUGCGAUCCUCCGAGAGGUCUAUAUCGACUUCCAGCGCGACGUCUGAAGGGCGUGGGAGGACGAAUCCUCCCUUGUUGAACGAAAUCAUAACAAUGUUGGAGGACAUGAAUUAUCCGGUUAAUCAGCAGUUGUUGGACAAAGCUGAAACUAUAAAGUCAACAAACAAAAUGCUAUCUACAGCGAAUACGAAAAAGAAGAUCCAACUAACAGAGCCGGCUCUAAACAUAAUGCACAUGCUAGCGAGCGUCAAGAAGAUAAAACAGGGCGAUUACAGCGAUUUCCAAAAAGCUACAAUACAACCGAAGAAAACAUUAGCGCAAGAACUGUUACGGAGAAAUAACCACAACGAAGUAAAAGUCGACCAUACGAACAAAAAACUAGAUCCAUUCUUCUACAAAGAAUGCGUUUAUUAUCUAAGCAACUAUGGAUCUCAUGUGGCGAAUAUAAUGUUUUAUAUGAAGCACAGUAAUUUGCGCGAGGUCAUACGGUACUGUUACGACAAUGUGGUGGAAAAGGAGACCUUCACUGAUUCCGUUUACAUGGAGUGCUUGAAGAAGAACAAAGUGAAUGAUCUGCUGAAGGCUAUGAGUGAUAUGGACAGCUCUUUGGAAAUGUGGUCGGAAUACAUAAUGCACAUCUGCCGGACACUGGAGGUGGGUAAGAAGCUGGACGCACUGUACGCGCUGCAGUGCGGCACGGGGCAGCACGCGCGCGCGUCGGCGUCGUGCGCGCUGCUGUACUCGCGCCCCGUGCCGCCCGGCAACCCGCCCUUCGCUGUGCUGCUGGCGCGCCAGCACCACCUCACCGCCGCGCUACACCACCUCACCCAGUGCGUGCCGGUCACCAACAAGAUCAACGAUCCGAAGUCCAUCCAAUUCCAUCUGGACAGAGUGACCAUAGACAAUCUAAUGACAACGAUAUCUCGACAAAUUGAACUAGCCAAAUACCUUGCAAAUUGUGAAGCGUGCGGCAGACUGACUGAGAAAGUCAUCCAUGACGUCAUUCCUGCGCAGGGGGGGAGAAAAGAAGAGGGCGAUCACAGACCCCUGACACUUUUUGGGUCGAAUACAGAUAAAAUAAGGAUUGUGGCUUUGGUUUUGGCGUGCGGCCAGACUGUAGAGAGUGGAUUGGAUUUGGCUUUCAAGAUAGUGAGCGAGCACAAGCUGGACUCGAUGAACAUCUACAUCCACGUGGCCAAGUACCUCGUCAACGCGGACCGGUUCAUGGAGGUCAAGAGUCUCGCCAAGUGCAUCCGAUCUUCCAACGAGACGGCUGCCAGUCUGAUGAGCGACCAGGUGCUGGAGGCGGGCACGGGCGCGGUGGUGGCUCGCUGUGAGGCGCGCGGGCAGCUGCACGACGAGCAGGCCGAGCUGCUCAUACACGACAUCACCAGCCACGCCAUCAAGAUAUCCUGCUACCUGGUGUGCCGGAACGUGAGCAGCGCCUACAUCCUGGCGGCGCGGCACGAGCGCACCAACGACCUGCGCAGAGUGCUGCACGAGGCCGAGCGCCUCGGCAACGACCAAGUGAGGAACGCGUGCCUCAAGCGACUCACCUCCAGGAACGUGCUAGUAUAACCUGCCGCCUCCAGGCCUAACCCACUGCACGAGAAGUAGGAACGAAAGUAGGCAGAGACGUCGUAUGGUACUUUAUCAGCUCAUUUAUGAGCUGUGUGGGCAGACAGGACAUCAACGCGGCAACACGAGAAGCAUAUUGUGACUGCAGCGAAAGCGAUGCGUGCCAAAAGAUGAAUAAUUUGAUAAUUUUGGCUACAUAUCAUUCUUUUGUUCUAUUGUAACAUAAGAGAUAACUUAAAUAUCGUUUUGUUUUGUAACGUGACGACCGAGAGAGCGAUAUGUAGACAAAAUUAUCUUGUUAGUGUGUAGUAGGCCUAAGAUAUACUCUUAUCUCGAAAAAAACGUUGCGCUGAAACAAAAGAGAGCGCGAUAUGAAUUCCGCUGCUUUAAGUCGAUAAUAUGCCUUUUUCUCUUCACGAAGAUGUUGCAGACGCUUACUGGUGUGCCAAAUAUAAUGAAUGACAUUCUGGCGACGCGGCACGGGAGCAUCAAUGAUUAACGAAAUUAUAGAUUUAGGAGAAAAUCAUGUUAUUUUAUGGAAAGUUUAAUAGUAUUUUUCCGUCACAAUACAUAGAUGAAAUUUGGCUAUUGUAUGUUAUUUAUUGCAUUAUUAUUUAUUAGAUUAUAUCAUGGACGAAAAUAAGAAAUUAAAUAAAUUGCUACUUUCUUGCAUCAUAAAAUUAGAAGUGCUACCAUCAGUUUGUAAUAAGUGAUGUAUUGCAAACAUACUGAUUAAAAUAUGCCAGCUUUAGUAUUGCUAUUUUACCAUUUAUUUAAUUAUACUAUAAAAAGUUUAAUUUGAACUGACAAUUGUAAUAUUAUUUGCUCUUCAUAGAAAAACCGCUGGGUGCUAUUAUACUAUGAUGUGAUAAUAAUUACUACAUAUAAUAUGUAAAUAAACAAUGAAUUCAUUAUAUUGAACUGGCGUUGGUAAAUUAUUAAAAAAAACAUGAUAGUCUAAUAAAAUAAAAAGUUAAAAUUUAAAUUAAUUUACUGACACGAAAAAAUACGCUAAAUGAAAUGAAAACUAAGUUUUUGGACUAAAAAAACGCUAUUUUGUCUUUUGAAUAUAUGUAAUUAAUAUAAAAAGCUUUAUUUAGUUAAUUUACUUAGUUACCUAAUUAUGUUUACAUAUUUUCAAAUACCUAAGGCAUGAUAUUAUGUGUGUAAUAAAAUAUCUUCUUGUUAUAAUUUACUCAAAUUUUAUCAUAUAUAAGAUGUGUAUUGCAUUGUUAAUUUAUUGCAUUAAUUGGUCUCAAUCUUGUGAUAUAUAAACUGUUAGUAAGAUCAAAGAACAAAACUGUACUGAAAAA